AUGUGUCUUCAAUUAAGGACACUUGCGUCUGCCAUCAUGAGUGGUCAAGCUGGCGUAGCAAGGGCAGGCAUCUUGGUUGCCGGAAGUGCCUGGAGGAACACAGUUGCAACGUGCACAGCAAGAACCGCAUGCCCUUUUACACAAACGACCUCAACGAGAUGGAGGACAAGAAGAGAAAUCACGAGUAUUGAAGGAACCAAAGAUUUUGAGAUGGCCAUUACGAAAAGGAUUGAAAUUGACUAG